UUGUCUGUGGUUAUAAUGUGUCUCCCACCUCAUAGUUUUACUCACUUUACUUUAUGUAGUCAUUUGACUUAAAGUCAAAGGAUUACGCUUUGCGAAUCGGUUAGAUCCAGUCAUUCAAAUGAACCGAUUCAAUAGAACGAUUCGUUGGUGAUUCGAACACCACUACCGCUCUUUUGUCCUCGCGGUGACUGACUGCAUAUGAUCCCGCUGAAUAUAAAUUAUUUAUUCCUCCGUUGACACGAUAUAUUCAUCAAUCAGAAGCUCGGAAGGAUGGUGUUAGUUCAUGUCGGAUAUUUGGUUCUUCCUGUCUUCGGCUCAGUGAGAAAUAGAGGAUCUAAUUUUAACAGGCAUCAGCAGAGUCAUGCUACCUCCUGCAGGCAUUUUCAUGUAGGCCCUCAGGCCCAGAUCCCUGUUGAUUUCCCAAUGCCCCAUCCAGGACAAUCUCAGAGCGGGAUGAGUCAUCACCUCGGCCCUGCGCACCAGCCCGCUGCAGCGUUACAUACCCCAAUCAACCACAUACCAGCACCACCCUUCCAGGACAUCCCAGCCCCACCCUUCCUACCUCAGGCUUUACACCAGCAAUACCUCAUCCAGCAGCAGAUCCUGGAGGCCCAGCACAGGAGAAUACUUCCACAGCCCAGCAGACACGCUCAAGACAGACCACUCCAUCACCCGCAGACGCUGCGCCCACCGUAUGAAUAUCCACCAUCCAUUCACGUGCCUCCACCACCACCAGUACCACAACAACCACGAUACCUGGCUGAGGGAACAGACUGGGAUUUGAGUGUGGAUCCAGGUCUACCACAGUAUCAUGUUCCUCCGCUCACUCAACAUUAUCAGCAUUACCUGACCUCUCAACGUCUGCAUCACUUCCCCAGAAACACAUCCUCUGCACAAGUGGUUGUUCAUGAGAUCCGAAACUACCCAUAUCCACAGUUACAUCUGCUGGCUCUUCAAGGUCUCAGUCCGUCUCGCCAUGCAUCUGCUGUACGUGAGAGUUAUGAGGAGCUUCUGCAGUUGGAGGACAGACUGGGCAACGUGAACAGAGGAGCCUUGCAAACCACCAUAGAGAGGUUUACAUUCCCUCACAAGUAUAAAAAGAGAAGACCUCUUGAGCUGAAGAUCGGGAUGGAUGAAGACGAGCUGGACACAGAUGAGAAAUGCACCAUUUGCCUCUCAAUGCUUGAAGAUGAAGAUGAUGUCAGGAGAUUACCCUGCAUGCACCUCUUCCAUCAGGCGUGUGUGGACCAGUGGCUGGCAACCAAUAAGAAGUGUCCGAUCUGCCGGGUAGACAUCGAGACACAGCUGUCUCCAGAUAGCUGAUGUCUCAUGUAGCACUAGUUCAAAGCCCUGUUGUCUUUCUUCGUCCCUUUGUGGGUUCUUUGCCAAAUGUGUGUCAUCUCCAUCACCUCUCACCUUUGACCUUUGCCUUCUGAGCCAACUGACGAUGAUGUAGACUAGGAAAGAUGCGAAACUCUAAAGUGAAAUCCAGGACAGAAUCAGAAAGCACAUGGAGAAGAUCGUUCAAGCAAGAGAUGUUUCAGUAUAGUCUGAUUUUGCAAAGUCUGUCAAUGAAGAUUUCAGUCAGACGUUUAAGAUGGUCAGUGCUGCCCCUCAGAUUUCAGAAUGAUUUUGGAUGAAGACAACCAACUGUUUUCAGUAGGUCACUGAUAAAGCAUUACAGCAUAACCACCACAAAUGUUCGAAAUAUUACAUGUGAUCGGUGAUGAACUUUAAGCAUGCUGCGUUGCAGUUAAAAGUAUUUAGAAUUAAUAAUUUCAGAAAAACAAUUAUGGGAAUCAAAAACAUUAUCAACCAAGAGGUUUGUCUUAAAGUCAAGUGAAUUGAUUGAGCAAUCUUUGCCCGUGUAAGCCAGCUUUCCACACGAGUAGAACAAUGGAUCUGUAUUAAAAAGACUCGCAAUCAGCCGUUGUAUCUGUAAUUAUCGGAGAUGAUUCUCAACGUUUUUAUGUAAACAGUAAGUCCAGGUUUGAUCUGAACCAUAACAGUGUAUUUUGUGCUUGUGGCACCUCCAUGCUUAGAAACGUAUCCACAAAAUGCAUGUUGAAGUGCGAGGCCAGGGCAAGAUGUGACGAGCAUGAGGACGUUUCCUGCGAGAUAUUCUACAAAUCCUAAAGACACUGUGUUCUUAAUACUUCUCUAUUGCAUACCCUUUUGACAUUUAAUCAUGUGCAUGAUAUGAAUUAUAGAUGAACAAUUCAAUUCUGACUAGUUAAAACACUAAUUCUUGAUAUCAGCAAUGGAAUUACUACUAGUGAAAAUGCUAAUUCUUGAUAUAUGACUCAAAAAUGGAAUUAACUAGUAAAAAAAAAAGAAAUUCUUGAAACCUUUAAUUCCAUUUCCACUAGUAGAAUUUCACAAGGAUCUGUCACUCACUCCCAUUUAAAACACAAUUACACAUAUCUAUAAUAUGACAACUACAUAUCAGCAUAGUAAGAGUUUACAUAUUUAGUAAAUUAGAAGUACAAAUAUCCAUUCCUGAUAAUUGCAACUAGUAAAAAUGCAAUGUUUUAUGUCUGCAAUUAGGUUUGCACAAGUAACAAUGUUAAUUCUUGAUAUAAAAAAAUUACAUAACUUGCAGAAAUACCCAUUCUUGAUAGCAAAAAUGGAAUUUCAACUAGUAAAAAACAAACAAAAAAAAAAACAGUUCUUGAAAUCUUUAAUUGCAUUUUCACUAGUAGAUCUGUCAUUCACGCUUGUUCAUAACACAGAUUACAAAUAUCUAUGAGAUAAUUCAAAUUUCACAUAUC